UACAACUGGCAGGCGACCAAGGCGUCGCUGAAGGAGCGCUUCGCCUUCCUCUUCAACUCGGAGCUGCUGAGCGAUGUGCGCUUCGUGCUGGGCAAGGGCCGCGGCGCCGCGGCCGCCGGGGGCCCGCAGCGCAUCCCCGCCCACCGCUUCGUGCUGGCGGCCGGCAGCGCCGUCUUCGACGCCAUGUUCAACGGCGGCAUGGCCACCACGUCGGCGGAGAUCGAGCUGCCAGACGUCUAGCCCGCCGCCUUCCUGGCGCU